AUGGUUUCUCAAGGCACAUUUGUUGACGUCAUUGGCCUCAACUAUCGUUGUGGGACCAUAGAAGGGUGUAUAGGAGCUGACUCUGUAUUCGAAUAUGAAGAGCAAUCCAAAAUCAUUUUCUCCAUUGGGCCCCUAAUCAUAGGGGAGGCCCGCAGCAAGCCUCUAAUCACUGUUGCAGAACUCGGCCCCCCCGACACCUCCAUAUUUGAUGCGAGACGGAUCAACCGUGCCAGAUUACUGUACAGUCUGACUUCAGGGCAAGGAUUCGAAAGGCCAAUUCACGUCGAUAACCAUGUCAGGAGCAUCGUCACAAAACAUGCUGCACUAAUUGAUCUAGAUUCCCCCAAUACUUCUGAUCUUGAUAAAGCGAUCACCGAGAUUUGUACUGAGCUGGGAUACUUCCCGAAGUCAGUGUCUCAUACGAGGAACCAUCUUAGGCGGGAAGCGGCUGGCUUCAAGGUGAUGCGCGACAUGCGGAUUCCUGUCGAGGAUGGUAACUAUGUUCUGGCAGAUGUCUACUUGCCGCUAGAGCUCCGGGAGAAAUACCCGGUUUUGGUCAGCUGCACCUUGUAUGGGAAAAGGGUUCUCUUUGGGGGACCAGAUCUUGAAAAUCAGGAUGAAAUAUACGCCUUUGAAAAGGCAGAAGACGAUUGGCACUCAACUUCUCCAGGGGUUCCUAUCCAAGUCCCUCAUGGUGACUCUUGGUUAGGCGCUUGGACCACUCAACGGGGAUUCGAGAAUAUUGCGACCUUCAACACAUACUCGUACGUCCCCCAUGGCUUCGCCAUGGUCAAAGUCGAUCCUCGUGGGGUGUCACAAACUCCAGGGGUCCGAGGGGUUCCGGGGGAAAUUACAGGGGAUCUUUAUAAUGCAGUUGAAUGGGCUGCAGAACAGAGUUGGAGCAACGGUGACGUUGCCCUUGUUGGCAGCUCUCAGGGCGCGAAUGUCCAAUGGGCCGUAGCUAGUUUAAAACCUAAGGGACUAAGGUGCUUUGUCCCUUAUGCAACGGACCUUGACAUGUAUCGGGAAGGUUCUUUUAUCGGCGGGAUUCCGUCCUACCGAUUUGUAGCCAACUGGGUUGAGCGCAUUCGGAAGCCCUCGUAUAAGUGGACUGAUCACAUGGACAUCUUGGACAUUAUGAAGUCAAAUCCAUUCGACAACGGACUCUGGAGGGCAGCAUCUGCACAACUAGACUCGAUCGAUCUUCCAUGCCUUUUGGCGGCCCCUCAGCUUCUACUCCUCCAUAGUCGUGGCCCAUUUGAGGCUUGGAGGGCCCGCAAUCCAGAUAAUACUCACCUACAGGUCGUGGACCGGGAUUAUUACUCUUGGGCCAGUCGCGAAGCUGCAGGAAAGGUUUUGCAAUUCCUCAACCGUUACUUAAAGGGCGCUGAGAAUCCGAAGCCCGAGAGGGUUGGUAUCCAAAUGCGCCUCGGAUAUGGGUCGUGGUAUUGGCGUAAAGAAAACAACUGGCCAGUUCCAGGUACUCAAUAUACAAAGUGGUAUUUGGGAAGUGAUGGCUUCCUGCUGAAGUCUGCACCAAAACAGGCCGAGAGACAGUUCUCUUAUUCCACACGAACUACGGAGAACCAGAAGUCCGGAGUGAGCUUUUACUCCGUUGCGUUCAAAGAAGAUGUCGAGUUUGCUGGACAUUUUACUGCUGUUUUGCAUAUGUCGUCCUCUACCGAAGAUGCUGAUGUUGUAGUAACCCUAUGGGCAGUCGAUGAAAACGGUGCGGUGGUUCCUCACUCUUCAGAUGGGCAACCGGAACCAAUCGCAAAAGGCUUUCUACGCGUUAGUCAUCGGAUAACCGAUCCGGCUAAGACCCUCCCAGAGAGACCGUGGCACUCACAUACGAAGGAAGACAACUUGCUGUUGAAGCCUGGUGAAGUAGUCAGGAUCGAAGUGGAAAUUUUCCCAGCAGCCGCAAGGGUCCGCAGAGGGUGGAAGUUACGCCUAGACGUCACGCCUACAGAAGAACAACCCGAUAUUGCUGGGUAUAAGCCUCUUGACAUGCGAGUCUGGUACAGCGAAACCCAUCCUGAAGGACAAAAUUAUAUCCAUGUAGGAGAACAGUACGACAACUACAUUGCAUGUCCAGUUGUGCCAGUCACGGAAGGCUAUCCCAACCAUGUCUUGUGA